GGUGCAUUUGCUCUACAAGGGCGCUGCAACAGCUUGGCACUCAGGUGGUGGUGCAGGCAUCCCGCUGUGAGGUGCAGGGUGAAGCUUGAAGCCAGGCCCCGGGGCACCUGCUACAUGUUGCUCGCUGCAGCCAAUCUACGGCCAGCACGGUGCGGCGGUCGCCAAGAGUGCCUGAGAAGCAGCAGCCAGAGCGGCAUGCUCAGUAGCCUGUGCAGGGCCCCUGCGGCCCUGCGCGCAGCGCGGCCCGGCUAUGCCGGCAUCAGUCGCGUUCCACUACGUUGCCUGGCAUCCAAGGGGCGCAAGAAGGAUGCGGAAGAGAGCGUGUAUAGCAAGACGGUCAACCUGCCGGCAACCAAGUUUGAUAUGCGGGCCAACUCCGUGGUUCGGGAGCCGCAGCUACAGCAGUUCUGGCAGGAAAGCAAGAUCUACGAGCAGCUCAGCAGGGCCAACCCCGGGCCCACCUUCACGCUACACGACGGGCCGCCAUACGCCAAUGGCGACCUGCACAUAGGCCACGCGCUGAACAAGAUCCUGAAGGACAUCAUCAACAGAUAUCAGCUGCUGCAGGGUCGCAAGGCCAAGUUUGUGCCGGGGUGGGACUGCCACGGCCUGCCCAUUGAGCUCAAAGUGCUGCAGUCGAUGAAGGACGCGGAGCGGCGCUCGCUCACGCCGCUGCAGCUGCGCAAGAAAGCGGCGGAGUUUGCGCUGAAGACUGUGGAUGCACAGAGGGAGCAGUUUAAACGCUACGGCGUGUGGGCAGACUGGGAUGCGCCGUACGUCACACUGGAACCAGCAUAUGAGGCUGCGCAGUUGCGAGUGUUUGGGCAGAUGGUGCUGAAUGGGCACAUUUACAGGUGCGGCAAGGCGUCAGCUGCAACAGAUUGCAUGCAUACCUCGAAUACCCAGAAGGGCCACACCUCCUGCUCCAUCUAUGUGGCCAUGCCGUUGCAGGCUGUGGGCCCAAAUGCCCCUGAGGCUGCUGGCGCCGCCCUGGAGGGGGCUCACUUUGGCAUCUGGACCACCACGCCUUGGACCAUCCCCGCCAACCUGGCUGUGGCAGUCAAUGCCGACCUGCAGUAUGCAGUGGUGGAGGUGCAGGGAGACCUGCCAGAGGGGUGGACCGUGCGGCGGUUGAUCGUGGCUGCUGACCUGGCGGAUUCGCUGGCAGAGAAGUUUGGCAUUGCUCUGACCACGCUGUGCACGGUCAAAGGUGCUGAGCUGGAGGGCUGCAGCUACCGCCACCCGCUGUUUGACCGGACCAGCCCGGUGGUGGCUGGCGGCGACUACAUCACCACUGAGUCGGGCACAGGACUGGUGCACACGGCCCCCGGCCACGGCCAGGAGGACUACCAGGUUGGGCAGAAGUACGGCCUGCCGCUGCUGUCGCCCGUGGACGAUGCAGGCGUGUUCACAGACGAGGCAGGCCCCUUUGCGGGCCUGCAGGUGCAGGGGGAUGGCAACGAUGCGGUGGUGAAGGCCCUGGCGGCUGCGGGCGUGCUGCUGAUGGAGGAGCGGUACGCGCACAAGUACCCGUACGACUGGCGCACCAAAAAGCCCACCAUCUUCCGGGCCACCGACCAGUGGUUUGCCUCGGUGGAAGGCUUCCGCUCCGCCGCGCUGGAGGCAAUCCAGGGGGCCCACUGGAUCCCCGCCGCCGGCGAAAACCGCAUCACCGCCAUGACAGAGGGGCGCUCCGACUGGUGCAUCUCUCGGCAGCGCAAGUGGGGCGUGCCCAUCCCGGUGUUCUACUACACCGACUCAGGCGAGCCGCUGCUGACCGAGGAGACCAUCCAGCACGUCACCCAGGUGGUGGCGGAGCACGGCAGCGACGCCUGGUGGGAGAUGGAUGUUGCGGACCUGCUGCCGGAGCACCUUAGGCCAGAGGCAGGCAAGCUGCGCAAGGGCGAGGACACGAUGGAUGUGUGGUUUGACAGCGGCAGCAGCUGGGCGGGGGUGCUGGGAGGCGACCAGGCGCUCAACUACCCGGCAGACCUGUACCUUGAGGGCUCUGACCAGCACCGCGGCUGGUUCCAGUCGUCGCUGCUGACCAGCGUGGCGGCCAACGGGCACGCGCCCUACAAGCAGGUGUUGACCCACGGCUUUGUUCUGGAUGACAAGGGCAUGAAGAUGAGCAAGUCCCUGGGCAACGUCAUUGACCCCCGGGUGGUGAUGCUGGGCGGCAAGGAUGCCAAGAAGGAGCCGCCCUAUGGCGCCGACGUGCUGCGCCUGUGGGUCUCUAGCGUGGACUACUCCAGCGACGUGCUCAUCGGCGGCAGGAUCAUUGGGCAGGUGGCUGACGUGUACCGCAAGAUGCGCUUCACGCUGCGGUACCUGCUGGGCAACCUGGCCGACUUUGAGCCCGCCGCCCACGCGGUGCCGCAUGCCCAGCUGGCCGCCGCGGACCGCUACAUCCUGGCCCGCUUUGCCGCGCUGGUGGACGAGUGCUCCGCCGCCUACGGCAGCUACCAAUUCUACAAGGUGUACCAGGCGCUGCAGCGCUUCACGGUACUGGACCUGUCCAACUUCUACCUGGAUGUGGCCAAGGACCGGCUGUACAUCAGCGCCGCCGCCGCCCCCGACCGCCGCGCGUGCCAGACGGUGCUGGCGGCGUUGCUGGAGGGCAUGCUGCCGGUCAUCGCGCCGCUGCUGCCGCACAUGGCGGAGGAUGCGUGGCAGAACCUGCCGUACAAGCGGCAGGAGCAGUCGGUGUUCCAAGCGGGCUGGGCUGCUGUGCCCGACGAGUGGCGGCAACUGCCCGAGGCGGAUGCCAUGCUGUGGCGCGCUGUGCUGGGCAUCCGCUCCGAGAUCAACCUGCUGCUGGAGAAGGCGCGGGCAGACAAGGCGCUUGGGGCAUCGCUGGAGGCCAAGGUGCUGCUGCAUGUGGCCUGCCCCGAGCUGCGGGCACAGCUGGAGGCGCUGCAGGCUGCUGGCAAUGGCAUGGACCCGCUGCGCUACGCCUUCAUCGUCAGUCAAGCCCAGCUGGUGGAAUCGCCUGCGGCGGCCGCCGAGGGGGCAGCCUACAGCGCCACGGCGGUGCUGGAGGAGGCGGGCGGGUCGGAGGUGACGGUGGGCGUGGCGCGCGCCGACGGCCGCAAGUGCAACCGCUGCUGGAACUACAGCACACACGUUGGCAGCGAUGAGCAGCACCCUGAGCUCUGCGAGCGGUGUGUGCCGGUUGUGAACGGCAUGGGGUUUACGGCACCUGAGAAGAAGCUGGAGGCGGUGGCCUGA